AUGAAUCAGUUCCCUAUCACGUACAGCAAUAAGAUUCUGACAGUGACAAUCAUCUUGAUUGGCACAAAGAGAGCAGAACUAAAAUGGCUUCGUUUUGAAUACGUGAUUGAUUCACGCCAAAACUGGACGAAAAUUUUUCAACUCAAUUUGGCGCAUCGAAAAGCAAUUCCUCACAGUAUUAUGUCUGAAGAAUGUUCAGGGGAGCUGCAUUAUAUUUCUUCAAUAUUUCUAGCUGUUCUUCAUGCCAUAUCUGGUUUCCUCUCCAUUGCUGGAAAUUCUGUAGUUCUUCUUGCAAUUUACCAAACGCCAUCUUUGCACUCACUGUCGAAUUAUUACAUCGCAUCUUUGGCGGUUGGAGAUUUUCUGGUCGGCGCGUUGUUGAGUCCACUUUGGGUGACUAAAAGCGUCUUAAACGUUUGGCAGAACGAGCAUCCUCUCACGAUAGCGGCGGAGCUGAUGUCAGUACAGACAUUAAUAACUGCAACUUUUAACCUCGCUGCGGUCAGUUUAGAUCGCUACUUGGCUAUUAUAAAUCCAUUGUAUUAUGUUCGUGUGGUGACAUUAUUUCGCUGUGCGGUUUCCAUUGCCGUGAUAUGGUUGUUUUCCAUAGCGUUUUCGUGUCUCCGUUUGGUGAUAACAGAUCCGUUGGACCUGCCGAAGUUGUGGAUAGCUGUGGCUGUCAUUGGAUACACUCUGCCAUUUGUGGUCAUCAGUUACAGUUACUAUCACAUCUACAAAACAGCUCGAAGUCAGUCAAGAAGGAUCGAGGCUGAGGUUAGGGCCGUAUCAACUGUGGUAACUGAAGAAGGUUCAUCUAAUUCCGUGGCCUCUGAAACGAAACGCAACCGAAAAGCGGCGAACACAAUCGGAGUGAUAAUUGGGAUAUACCUUCUUUUGGCCUUUCCAAGCAUGAUUAUUAGUGGGAUUCAAAUCGUAACUACAAACGGCUGCCUUAAAAUUCGCAUAAUUCGGUUUUGGUUCUGGGGAGCGCUAUGCUCUUUCAGCAGCUCUGCGGUAAAUCCAUGGAUAUAUGCAGCACGAAAUCGCGAUUACAGACGAGCAUUCAAUCGCGUUUUCAAAUGCUGGUUUACCGAGAAGACACGAAUAAGGACUAUUAGUUCUCUCCGUGCUGCAGUCGUAGAUUUAACAGGAGAACACAGUUCGAUGUGAAACAGAACAUUUUAUAAACUGUGAAAUCGAAACUAAAACCGAAACAGUUUUAUCGCAAUGUUCAGAAUCACUAUUUCAAGGGAAAUAUCAAAAUUAAGUAUCUACAGUUUAAUUUUUGAUUUUAUUUAUUCUAACCGGCUUUUUUGCAGUAUUUUUGAGUGUGAAAUUAUGAAUAAAGUUCCUGGUUCACUCACACA